UGUGAUAGUUGGGUAAUAAUAAACAUCAAACAUUUCCUGAAUGAAGUCAAUGGGUUACUGUUUAGCCCCAAACAUGAUCUAACUUCAAUCAGCAAUAUUGGCCUAGUUCCAGUAAGCUGGAUCAAAUCAACAUUUCCAGAACAUUCUCCUCUCACGCUGUCCGACAUAUUGCAUACGCUUGAAGUGUGCCAAGUAAUUGACAACAAUAAUGCUGGCAUAUCGAUUUCAGACAGAUGCUUGUUUUUUCCUUCUUUUGUUCCUCCGGGUCGUCCUCAUUCUUUACCACCUCACAAUGAGUUUGGCUUUGUGUGGAAUUUGGAAUGCAUUCAUUAUUCUCGAUUCUUCCCCACUCAGUUCUGUCACAUGCUCAUCCUUAGACUGGCACUUAAAUUUCCUCUGAAAAGUAUCAAAAGUUGCUCGUCUCCCGUUUUACUUCAAGCCAUCUCAAGAAGGUGUCAAAUGUGGAAAUUUGGAAUACAUUGGAAGACAGAUGAUUAUUUGGAAAUUUUAGUUGAAUUGUCUGAAGAUAUGCAAGAUGUCAGAGUCAAAAUUAAAUGGAAUGAAGACUCUCCACAGUCUAUUAAAGCAAUGAUGAAGCUAAGAAGCUCAAUUAUAAAGACAAUCUUCUGUCUUCACCAAGAGUAUUGCUCAUCUCUAGAAGUAGGUGAAUUCCUAGAGUUGCCUUAUGCUUCAUGGGAUUCUGAGAGUCAUCAUCAGUUUGCAAUGCAAGACAUUGUAUGUUCUAUUUGUUUGAAAAAGGAAAGUGUACUUUCUAGUGACACCACAGGGAGUGAAGUAAAACGGCUUGACAAGAUAUUACUUCACGAACCCUUAGUCAACCUUCCUCAAACCAUCCUUUUAAAAAUUUUUCUUUGCUGCAACACUGACUUGUUAAUAGAACCAGAUCUUUUGAAGCAACUUAAUCAGAGUUUAAAGCCUCAUAUUGCCUUUGCUUGUGAACAGACAUUCAGUACAGUACAAUCGCAUAUUGAAAAACAUUCCUUGUUUUGUGAAAGAACUAUUGUACGAACGGUACUAGAAGAGCAUGAAGAAGAAAUUAAACUGAAUAUUGAAGAAGAGCAACUCUUACUUGAUCCGCCUAUUAAGAUUUAUGGAAUAACAUACGAUCCAGAUGAUCUACCAAAUGGCCCACUAGAUUCAUCACACUUUCGUAUUAUUUUUAAUUUCUUGAAAAACUUCAAUAAUUGGUUUGAAUUGGGUAUUCAUCUUGGCCUGAUGCCUUCAGCCCUCAAAGAGAUUGAGAAUGACUUUCAACGCCAAGAAAGAAGGUGCAAAAUUGAGAUGAUCCAGUUAUGGCUUGAUGGUAGUGAUGCUAGUAAAUCGUCUUUGAUGGAAGCACUAAAAAGAUCUUGCUUAACUUUAAUACAAUGAAUGGGUGUGAUGAGAGGGAACAGCAAUGCUUGCAUGUGUUCAUUAUAGUUUUGAAAAAUUAAUGUAAUAAAAUUAUAAUUGAGCCACAACAACAAAAUUAAAAAUAUUAUAGACGUAGCUAUAACAAGUGUACAUCCAAACACACAAACAUAGAUACAAGCAUAUCUCUGUAACAUACCAACAAUGAUAACAACCAGAUUAUAAGCAAUUCUAUUCAGUUAUUUAGAAAAGCUUGUAUAGCAUCCCACAUCAUCGUAACUUGUUCCUUAGAACUGUUAGUAUUGCUAUUGUAGUCCAGAGUAUCUGUGUUCCAGAAGGCAAUCCCCCGUAGUUUCUUUUCUGCA